AUGUCCCCCGAAACCACCGUUAGCGAGUUCCUGGAGGCCAAGGCCGCAUCCCUCCAAGCAGAGCUGGAGUUCAUAAAAUGCCAGCUAGCCGCGUAUGACGUGGUUAGGGAAUCCGAAAAAAUGACCAGCGCGGACUUCGUUGAGGUAAUCCAGCCAUAUCUGGCAAACUUCCGGAGUGCCUCGCAGGAGUUACACAUUACCAAGCGCCAAAUGCGCACAUUCCAUGCCGACGUGGAGGAUGAAUACGCUACCAAACGUCAGCGAUUCGACGAGCCAAGUAACGCUUUACUGGAGAGGGCUUACCAGACUGUCAUGGUGGAGAGGAUCAUGCUUGCUUCUGCUAAGCAGAGCAGGCGUGAAUUCAGCCAAUCCGACUUUCGCAAAGAUGUCUUGGCCUACUAUUGCCCGGCAGCGUGUGACGGUGUGGCCUGGUGCCAUAUUCUGGGCAGGGCGCACCAUAAGGUCAAAGCAGCGCACAUGGUCCCCAAGAUACUGACGGGAGACGAGCUUGCGCACCUAUUUGGAGACGAGGAAUCCGUCUUUGAUGACAAGCGUAAUGGUCUCACCUUGCACUCAGCCUUGGAACAGGGACUCGACCAGGGCAUUAUAGUCAUAGUCCCUUUGGCUGCGGAGAUUUCGGUGCCGACCCGCUGGAAAUGCGUGGUUUUGGACGACACAAAACGGGACGAUAUCAUCUACCAGUCAUACGAUCCACAGGGCAACGAUCCUGAGAUUAUCAGACUCCGGGAUCUCGACGGGAAAGAGCUGACCUUCCUGACUGAUAAUCGCCCCGCCCGUCGCUUCCUAUAUCUCCGUUUCAUAAUCUCCUACCUCCAAGCCAAGCGCAACGGCAACCUCACCGUACAAAGCAAGGUUGACAGAACGCAGCUUUGGCCGACACUUGGCAGGUACUUGAACAAAUCAACUCUGGUUUCUUUAGCAUGGUAUGUCUCAGGAUGCAAAUUACCGGAAUCAUUGGUCGAGGGGCAGACAUUCGAAUCCGAAGACAGCGCGGUGUCCGAAGACGCUGGGCUUUUGCUCAGCAUGAAAUUGCGCGACGCCUGGACAGCCAGCGCGAAGAAGUUGUCUAAACAAAAGAACACCGACGAAGACGAAGACGAAGACGAAGAAUCCUGA